AUGGAUGUGAGGAGAAUAGUAGUGGUAGUUGAAGAUGUUGAAGCAGCAAGAACAGCUCUGAAAUGGGCACUCCAAAACCUCAUUCGAUUUGGGGACUUCAUUACUCUUCUCCAUGUCUUCCCAAGUUCAAGGUCCAAGAACAAGAACAAAACCAGGCUUCUGAGAUUGAAAGGGUUCAGACUUGCCCUCUCUUUCAAGGACAUCUGCGACUCCUUCCCCAAUACAAAGGUUGAAAUGGUUGUGACAGAAGGAGAUGAUGAAGGGAAGAAGAUUGCAGCAAUGGUGAGGGAGAUUGGGGCUUCUGAGCUCGUUCUUGGACUCCAUGAUCACAGCUUUCUCUACAAGUUGGCAAUGGCCCAAGGCAGCAAUAUUGCAAACAACUUCAUGAAUUGCAGAGUCCUAGCCAUCAAGCAACCACCUUCUUCACCAUUGAAGAUCAACAAGGGCAGUGCUCCUACUGCAGCAACACCAGUCUUGGACAGUUCAACCAACUUAGACUUUUCGCAGAUUGAUGUCGCCGGUUUACAGAUUCCUGAUGUGCCUCCACCAAAAAUUCCAUACAAAAUCUGCCCAAACCCUUAUGCCAUCAUCUGGAAAUCAAGGAGGGGAAGAAGAAGGAACUCAAGGAAGUAG